CUCUAAAGAAUACAACGACGCGUCGCAUAGGCGUCCCAUGAACCCAAGCUAUCAGUGUUGUUGCUUGACGUCAUAGUUAAAAUUAUCAAAAAUUAUUAUUUGUUUUUUAUUUUUUCCAUGAUACUCUAGUGAAUGCAUGCAAAUUUUGAAUAUUAAUACUAUAAAAAGGGGUUCUUAAGUCUAACAAGUAAAUUACUAGUCAAUAUCAAUGGCAACAUUGCUUGUGUGUUUUCCUGAAACCGAAAUUUGAACGUUUUUCUUAUAUACUAAAGUGCAGUCUUGAUCUAGCAGAGUUAAGUUUUUGAAAACGAAAUGAAAAUAGUGCCAACAAACGGCCUUUUAGACUAACUGCUGCCAGAGUCUCGAAUACCUAAAUUUAAACUUAAACUUAUCUUUGAAGUUUUCCCAAGUCCCUACUGAAACAAGGAAAACAUGUUGUUUAUGCAUCCAAUUAAAUAUGUUUUUACGCAAGAGCCAAGAAGAAACCUAACAAUAAAUUUGUUAAUACAGAAGUUUGUUAAUUUGCAACUGAUGUCAUAGAACAUAAUAACAUAGUUUAAAGUGAACAAGAUUGAAUAGAAAUCAACAUGUACGAAAGAUAAGGAGUCAUAAUAUUGAGCAUGCAAUUUGAAGCUUAAAUGAGCACAACUAUAUCUUCAACAGCGAUGGCACUGUAUGAAGACUGAAAUAUCAACACCGGCAACUGAAGUUUCUUCUCUUGCAAGGCCAAGUAUCAGAAUGACGACGGUGGAAGUCGAACAGGGAAAAUUAAAAGGGGCUCGUAUUGGCGACUCGGAAGCAGACUACGUCGCAUUUAAAGGUAUUCCAUAUGCGAGACCGCCGCUUGGAAUACUAAGAUUCAAGGCUCCCGAACCGCCACAAGACUGGGAAGGUGUCCGAGACGCGACGGCCCAUGGACCCGUGUGUCCUCAAUACAACGAUCGCUUACAGCGCUUAGAAGCCGGCAGCGAGGACUGUCUCUAUCUGAACGUGUAUUCUAAGACCCUCACCCCUCCACAACCUCUACCUGUUAUGGUGUGGAUUCAUGGUGGGGCUUUUUACACCGGCUCUGGCAAUUCAGAUUUCUAUGGACCCGAAUUUUUCAUGAAACAUGACGUCAUUCUCGUAACAUUCAAUUACAGGCUUGAAGUGCUCGGUUUUCUUUGCGUCGGCAAUGAAGAUGUUCCGGGAAACGCCGGUUUGAAAGACCAAGUCGCCGCUCUCAAAUGGGUCAAAAGAAACAUUAGCGUCUUCGGAGGAGAUCCUAACAAUGUCACAAUAUUCGGAUGUAGCGCCGGCGCUGCGUCUGUGUCCUACCAUCUCCUAUCGAAGAUGAGCGGUGGCUUAUUCAAUAAAGCGAUUUGCCAGAGUGGCGUGUGUCUCAAUGAAUGGUCAUACAAUAUAUACGCUCGAGAGAGGGCCUUUCAGUUGGGGAAAUUAUUGGGACUGGAAACUGAGGAUCCCCAAGCGUUAUCUACGUUCCUGAAAAACGCACCGGUCUCGGACUUAGUCAACAUUAAGUUACCGCCAAUAGAAACAAAACACAAAGACUUAACGGACAGCAUAUUAUUCGGUCCAGUUGUUGAAAACGCAGAAACAGAUGUCGAACAUUUCAUAACCAAGCCACCCCCGGAACUGGUGAGGUCGGGAUGUUUUGCGAAAGUUCCAAUAAUUUUAGGAUUCACUUCUGGAGAAGGAAUGGAGCUGGGGAAACAUUUUCCAGCAAAUUUGAACCUAUUACUCAACACUGGCGCUGUGGUUCCCAGGGAACUUAAGCUAACACUCACCGAACAACAGCUACGGCAUGCAGAUAUUGAAAUUCGAAAAUAUUACUUUAAGGAGAAACCUCUAACCGCCGACAUGCUGCAGGAGGUCGUGAACUUAGAGACGGACAGGUUAUUCGUAUACAAUAUAAUAAGAUUUGCACGGUACCACAGCUACUUCACGUCAUCUCCCGUUUAUAUGUAUAAAUUUACAGCGGAAACGGAAAGGAAUUAUGUCAAAAAGUUCUAUAAAAUGGAUUCCAUAUCCGGUUGUUGUCACGCCGACGACCUGUACUAUCUUUUUAAUGUGACAUGCCAAGAUGUUCCUUUGACAUCCAACAGUCAACAAAUUAUCGACAACUUUGUACAGAUGUGGUGUAAUUUUGCAGCAAAUGGUAAUCCGUCAAAUGCUAACGCCGUUUGGAAGCCGUUUACGGACUCACAAAGAAACUUCUUAAUAAUAGACAGAGAAGUCACAUGCGUCGCCAAUGUUGACGACGAGAAUAUAAAAUUUUGGGAAAACCUUUACAAUGAAGCAGAUCUCGAAGCGCGUUAGAAGUGAUGUUAAAAUAAUAGAUAAUUUAUUUAAAGUAUUGUGAAUGGAUAAGGCAAUAGAGGGUAUUUUUAUAAAA